AUACUUCAUGGAACAAGAAAUAACAAUCUGUUCAUUAUGGUGUAAAACGCAAAUCUGUCCACUGCUUUCAUGGAGUACUAUGGUGCAGUCCAUCCGUCUUUCUUUGCGUGCAAUCAUGUCAUGGCUGAAGUUUUGCGGACCCAAUUAGGAAAUAAAUGCACUUGGAAUAAAAAAGAUGAAUGAUGCUGGUGAUUGGUGUCCUUCUUGUCUUGACACUCUGCUGUGUUCAGCCCACCCUGUCUUCAUGGGGAGACAAAAUGUACAGAUUUCAAGACUGCUUAACUGAGUGUAGUGCAUUGUGCUACAAAAAAGGAUACCCCAAGGAUCUUCCCUUGACCUUGAGAGUGUUUGGAUGGGCAUGUGGCGACGAGUGCAAGUAUCAGUGUAUGCAUGAAGUAACAGAAUAUGAUGUGCAGCACAGCAGACCUAUUAAGCAGUUUUAUGGAAAGUGGCCAUUUGUACGACUGUUUGGGAUACAGGAACCUGCCUCAGCAAUAUUCUCUCUCCUGAAUGGAGUAGGACAUCUGAUCGGAUGGCGAAGAUACAGGAAUUCUGUACCACCCCAUCACAAGAUGUAUAACUUAUGGAGAAGUUACAUGCUGGUUAACAUCAAUGCUUGGUUGUGGUCCACUGUUUUCCAUUCAAGAGACAUCAGUUGGACGGAGAAACUGGAUUAUUUUUCUGCUACAUCCCUUGUUUUAUGCUCCAUUUUCUGCUUCUUUGUGAGGGUAGCAGGUCCCGAGAAGAGGUUGGUUUGUGGCUGCUUUGGAGCAGUUCUUUUGAUUCUUUUUUGCUGCCAUAUGUUCUACCUUGGUAUGGUCAAAAUGGACUACAGCUAUAACAUUGCUGCGAAUGUUGCUAUAGGGAUUAUUAACAUGACAGGGUGGAUACUAUGGUGUGCAAAGAACCUUCGUCAACAGCCCUAUUUGUGGAAGUGUAUUGUCAUAUCAGCUAGCUUGUUCUUUCUGGUUGGACUAGAGGUGUUUGAUUUCCCGCCUUUGUGGUGGAUAUUUGAUGCUCACUCUUUAUGGCAUCUCAGCACAAUUCCUUUCUGUUACUUCUGGUACAGUUUUUUGAUAGAUGACUGUAGGUACCAGAUGGAAGAAGACAAGCGACCAAAAGAAGCAUGAUGACAUAGCAUCACCAAGGAAACCUGAAUGACUUAUUUUAAAAGAAAAUGCAAUGUAAUAUAUACUUCGUAAAUCUCUCUGCACCUCGACAAAGACCUUAAACAUUUUACUAAAUAAUUGUAAUAUAAUAAAUCUCUCUGCACCUCGACAAAAACCUUAAACAUUUUACUAAAUGAUGUAAUAUAAUAUAUCGAACAAAA